AAAAAUAUAUAUUCUGAUAUAAAUUGAUAUUUUAUCUUUUAUUAAAUUUUUUGCUAAUAUUUAUUAAUCGUCACUUUAUUGUAAUUUAUUAUUAUGUUUUCAAACUGUGAAUAGUGAUAAUUUGUGUAUACAGUGUUUUACAGUUUCGCAUCCAGUAUUUUGCGAAUUUCCCAAGUUUUGUUUAAAAAUGCACAAAUUAAGUUGCAUCACGGGUUUUUGUGUAUUAUUUAGUAGCGAGACACGGGACUUCCUCAUGAGAUAUCAAUUGGUGUUCAUUUAAUCUAUAGUGUCCUUGUAAUUUACGAAAAUCGUCUCGGGGCGUAACCAUAUUAUUCUCUGGACGAAGGCUGUGCUAAAAUGAUAUUUUUUACCUUUUUCUGAAACCUAGUAGACUGUGUUUGUGUGCAAAAUGGCUGAUGACGAAGUUUUAUUCGACGAUGUGUAUGAAUUAUGUGAAAUUAUUGGCAAAGGACCAUUCAGCUUGGUCCGCCGCUGUGUCCACCGUCAAACUGGGCAGCAGUUUGCUGUGAAGAUUGUUGAUGUGGCACGAUUUACCGCCAGCCCUGGAUUAAGUACUGCAGAUCUCAAAAGAGAGGCUACAAUAUGCCACAUGCUGAAGCAUCCACACAUUGUGGAACUUCUCGAGACAUACAGUUCCGAAGGAAUGUUGUACAUGGUGUUUGAAUAUAUGGACGGUUCUGACCUCUGCUUUGAAGUGGUGCGCAGGGCAAGUGCCGGAUUUGUCUAUAGUGAGGCUGUAGCUUGCCACUACAUGCGUCAAAUACUGGAAGCGCUCCGGUACUGUCAUGAGAACGACAUAGUGCACCGGGAUGUUCGGCCCCAUUGUGUGUUGCUGGCUGGUCGAGAUAAUUGUGCUCCUGUGAAACUUGGAGGGUUCGGUGUAGCCGCUCAACUUCCUACGCCGACAUCACAUCGCGCACCACCAGAAUUGGUGAUGGACAAUCGACCGCUAAUGGGUCCUAUGGGCCAAGCGUAUCUCAAAUCAGAUGAGUACGGUCGUAUCGGCACUCCUCACUACAUGGCUCCCGAAGUGGUCUCCAGCCAGUUAUACGGCAAGCCAGUGGAUGUGUGGGCCGCUGGUAUUCUACUGCACGUGCUUCUGGUUGGAUAUUUGCCAUUCACCGGCACUAGAGAACGACUGUUUGAAGCGAUCUGCCGUGGGAGAUUGAGGUUCGAUGCACCCCUCUGGGAUGACGUCAGUGAUGCUGCCAAAGAUUUGGUCCAACGUAUGCUCACAGUGGACCACACCCAAAGAAUAAACAUCCAAGAGGUCCUUAAUCAUCGAUGGAUAAGGGACCGUGACAAGCAAAACCGUAUUCACCUAGCCGGUACAGUGGAAGAACUGAAGAAGUUCAACAGCAGACGGCGUCUUCGGGCUGCAACGCUUGGUGCUGCGGCUGCUGAUGAUGAGGAGGACGAAGAGCAGACUGCUCGCCGUCAGGUCAUGUUGGAAGAGGCAAACGCUGCUGCUGUUAAUCUAGUCGUGGAAUCUUUGGACGACGUGUCUGUACUGCAGGAUGGACCAACAUUCAUGGAUCCUGAUUUGUUUCAUAGUGUACUUGAUGACUUGCAGUUGAGGGCGCUUUUAGAGGUGUACGACCGCAUCGCGUGUACGGUGGUGGUGACGAGCGGGCGCGCGCCGGCCGCCGAGGGUCGGCAGCGGUGCCGGCAGGCGCUGGAGGCGGCCGCCAGGCUGCGGCACGCGGCCAACGCGCCCGCCGCCGCCACGCCCGCCACCGCCGCCGGCAUACACGAGCUGCGGAGGGUGCUCGCGCUGCCUCACAUCAAGCGGUGCCGGCAGGCGCUGGAGGCGGCCGCCAGGCUGCGGCACGCGGCCAACGCGCCCGCCGCCGCCACGCCCGCCACCGCCGCCGGCAUACACGAGCUGCGGAGGGUGCUCGCGCUGCCUCACAUCAAGCGGUGCCGGCAGGCGCUGGAGGCGGCCGCCAGGCUGCGGCACGCGGCCAACGCGCCCGCCGCCGCCACGCCCGCCACCGCCGCCGGCAUACACGAGCUGCGGAGGGUGCUCGCGCUGCCUCACAUCAAGCGGUGCCGGCAGGCGCUGGAGGCGGCCGCCAGGCUGCGGCACGCGGCCAACGCGCCCGCCGCCGCCACGCCCGCCACCGCCGCCGGCAUACACGAGCUGCGGAGGGUGCUCGCGCUGCCUCACAUCAAGGUGGCAUAA